AUGAGACCAUACAAUUGCUAUCUAUCUAUCUAUCUAUCUAUCUAUCUAUCUAUCUAUCUAUCUAUCUAUCUAUCUAUCUAUUUGUUUCAGUCUGUUCAUUUUCUUUCAAUCUAUCUAUCUAUCUAUCUAUCUAUCUAUCUAUCUAUCUAUCUAUCUAUCUAUCUAUCUAUCUCAUCUGUUCAUUUUCUUUCAAUCUAUCUAUCUAUCUAUCUAUCUAUCUAUCUAUCUAUCUAUCUAUCUAUCUAUCUCAGUGUGUUAAUUAUCUAUCAGUUUCUCUUCAGAUCUAUCUAUCUAUCUAUCUAUCUAUCUAUCUAUCUAUCUAUCUAUCUAUCUAUCUAUCUGUCUGUCUUUAUUAUUCUAUCUUUCUAUCUAUCUAUCUCUGUUCGUUAUCUAUCUAUCUAUUUCACUGUGUUACUUAUCUAUCACAUUCCCUUCAUCUAUCUAUCUAUCUAUCUAUCUAUCUAUCUAUCUAUCUAUCUAUCUAUCUCAGCUUUCUUUCUUAGCAAUUAUUCUAUUUCUUUGCUUCUUCCUCUUCCCCUUUCUUUCAAACAGGUUCAUCAGAUAAAUGACUCUUUUUUUUCAUUCUUUCUUUCUUGUCUCCAAAUACUUUCUUCUUCAUUAUAUCAAUUUCUUUAUUUUUUUCCCAAUGAAUUUUAUUCUAUCUAUCUAUCUAUCUAUCUAUCUAUCUAUGCCUUUAUUCUUUUGUCUAUUCUAUCCAUCUCUCUAUCUGUCUGCCGUUUAUCUAUUAUCUAUUCUAUUCAUUUCUAUCUAUCUAUCUAUCUCAUUAUAAACAUUUAUCUAUCUAUAUCUUUAUAUAUCUAUCUAUCUAUCUAUCUAUCUAUAUAUAUAUAUAUAUAUAUAAUAUAUAUAUAUCCUUCUAUUUAUUUUCUGUUUAUUAUCUAUCUAUAUCUAUAUAUAUCUAUCUAUCUAUCUCAGUCUAUUUUUAUCUAUCUCAGUCUCUUUUAUAAAAGACUAUCUAUAUCUAAUAUCUCUAUAUCUAUCUAUCUAUCUAUCUAUCUAUCUAUCUAUAUAUUAAAUUCUAUCUAUCUCUAUCUAUCUAUCUUUCUAUCAUUCUAUCUAUUAUUUUUCUAUCUAUCUAUCUAUUUAUAUAUCUAUCUAUCUAUCUAUCUAUCUAUCUAUCUAUCUAUCUCAGUCUCUUCAUAUAAUCUAUCUCCAGUCUUUAUAUCUAUCUAUCUAUCUAUCUAUCUAUCUAUCUAUCUAUCUAUCUCUUAUUCUCUAAUAUAUAAUAUCUAUUUAUCUCAGUCUUUAUAUCUAUCUAUCUAUAUCUAUCUAUCUAUCUUUCUAUCUAUAUAUCUAUCUAAUCAUUGUCUCUUCCAUAUCUAUCUAUCUCUAAAUUUAUAUCUAUCUAUCUAUCUUUUUCUAUCUAUCUAUCUCUUCUAUAUAUAUAUCUAUCUCAGUCUCUUAUUUACUAUUCCUAUCUAUUUUUUAUAUCUAUCUAUCUAUCUAUCUAUCUAUCUAUCUAUCUAUCUAUCUAUCUAUCUAUCUCAUUUUUUUUCUUCUAUUCUCAUCCUUCUUUCUUUCUUUAUCUUUCUUCUUUUCCUUUUUUUUUUUUUUUUUUCUUUCUUUUUCGUUCGUUCUUUUUCUUUGAUACUUUCUUUCUUUCAUUCUUUCUUUCUUUUUCUUCUAUUCUCAUACUUUCUUUCUUUCUUUCUCUUUCGAUUUCCUUCUUUCUUUUUUCGUUCUUUUUCUUUCGUUCUUUUUCUUUGCUACUUUCUUUCUUUCAUUCUUUCUUUCUUUUUCUUCUAUUCUCAUACUUUCUUUCUUUCUCUUUCUUUUUCUUUUCAAUUUCCUUUAUUUCUUUUUCUUUUUCUUUCUUUUUUUCUUUUAUUCUUUCUUAAUUUUUCUUUCUUUCUUUUUUUUUUCUUUUUUUUUUUUUUUUCUUUUCUUUCGUUUUUUUUUUUUUUUUUGAAAUUCUUUUUUUUCAUUUUUCUUUUUUUUUUUUCUUUCUUUUUUCUUUUUUUUUUCUUUUUUUUCUUUCCCUUUCUUUUUUUUUUUUUCGUUUUUUUUUCUUUUUUCUUUUUUUUUCUUUUCUUUUCUUUUUUUUCAUUCUUUCUUUUUUUUCUUCUCUUUUCAUUCUUUUUUUUCUUUCUUUUCUUUUUAUUCUUUUUUUUUUAUUCUUUUCUUUUUUUUUCUUUCUUUUUUUCUUUUUUCAUUUUUUCUUUUUUUUUUUUUUUUUCAUUCUAUUCUCAAUUCUUUUCUUUUCUUUCGUUUUUUUUUAUUAAAAAAUUUCUUUCUUUCUUUCUUUUUUUUUUUUUUUUUCUUUCUUUUUUUUCUUUCUUUUUUCUUUUCUUCUUUUUUUUUUCUUUUUUCUUUCUUUUCUUUCUUUCUUUCAUUUUUUUUUUCUUUUUUUUUUUCUUUUUCUUUCUUUCUUUUCUUUCUUUAAAUCUUUCUUUUUUCAAUUUUUUUUCUUUUCUUUGGUUUUUUUUUUUUUUCUUUCUUUUUUCUUUUUUUCUUUUUUUUUUUUUCUUUCUUUUGUUUUUUAUAAAGUUUUAUCUCAUAAUCCAUGACCGGAUUUCAUUUCUUGUCAGUUCGGGGUCGGGUUGCAAGUUUAAAUCUAUUAUCUUGACGACGUCUCUGGCGCUGGAUAUCGCUAUCUCGUGCUUAAGUUUAGCCAUCAAUUUACCGGAUCUUGUCAUGUUGCUCUUUAUCGCCGUCUGUUUUUCAGCGAAGCCGGCGAAGCGCCCUAUGCCCUCAGCUUCGGAUAACUGA